UAUUCUUCUGUUUUCACAUCUGUCUACGGAACCAUCAAAGCAGACAGUAAAUGAGAGCGCGCUUGAACAAGGAUCCCUCAACAUUAGUUUAUUUAAUUAUCAAAACAGACAACCUGAACAUCAUGCAGGCAGAUGGACAGAAGGGCGUCGAUGGAGGUCUGCUGCCUGAUGCCAAUGGUCGGGACGGGGACCCCAGCGGGCAGAAGGAGAGCGACGGGAAGUGGCAGAAGCCGCGCAUCUCCCGCAAGUCCCUCAUGAAAUGCUGUCUGGUCAAAUGGAUCAUCGCCAGUGCGGCGCCCCAGGGCUCAAAUGACAGCGCUGACAGUGAUCUGGAGUUGUCCAUGGUGCGGCAUCAGCCAGAGGGCUUGGAGCAGCUGCAGGCUCAGACCAAGUUCACUAGGAAGGAGCUGCAGUCGCUCUACAGAGGCUUCAAAAACGAGUGUCCCAGCGGAUUGGUGGAUGAGGAGACGUUUAAAUCGAUCUAUUCCCAGUUCUUCCCUCAAGGAGAUGCAACCACAUACGCACACUUCCUUUUCAAUGCUUUUGACAUGGACCGAAAUGGGUCUAUACGCUUUGAGGACUUUGUAAUCGGCUUGUCUGUUCUGCUCCGAGGUUCUGUGACAGAGAAACUGAGGUGGGCCUUUAACCUGUAUGAUAUUAAUAAAGACGGCUACAUCACCAAAGAGGAAAUGCUGGCUAUCAUGAAGUCCAUCUAUGACAUGAUGGGCAGGUACACCUUUCCUUGUGUAAAAGACAAUGCUGCAUUUGAACACGUGGAGAAAUUCUUCCAGAAAAUGGACCGAAACAGAGAUGGUGUUGUAACCAUAGAUGAGUUCAUAGAGACCUGUCAGAAGGACGAGAACAUUAUGAGCUCCAUGCAGCUGUUUGAGAAUGUCAUCUAGAGCGCAGCAUGAAGUGCAGAGUGAGCCUGGCUCUUUUUCCACAUCGACUCUCAGCAUCGUUCCAUUAGUCCUCAAGCGCUCCACAGGGACUCUCUAGAAACACAUGUGUUUUGUACCUAGGCCUUGCACAUCAUCUGUAGCAUGCGAAUGAAUAUUUUGAUUGAUUGCAUUGAAUGCUUUAACAAAAGGAUGUGGGCCGUCUGCGUGUGUCUCAAUUUAAUCUUCAGCAUUCAAGACAGGCUGUAAAUGCUCAUUUGUAUAUAUGUAGAUAUAUGUGUGCUCUUAAACUGAUUUCUGCCUAGAUAAAUGA